CUUAUGUAACGUGCGCAAACAAGUACUAUCCGUUAUAAGUCGAGUAUAAAUUCACCAGUGUAGAAGCAACCAAUUUGAGAGCUAUCCAGGAGUAUAAUUCAUAUAACAGAAAGACAUGUCGAUAUACACACUCAUUGUCACGCUUGCGAUGAUUGCACUCGUGGUCUCCAAGCAUCCGCCAGACAUCAGUUCGCUAAGAAUCACAGGAUGCCAGUGCUUCGGAGGAAGUAACUCGUGCAGCUUCCGACAGAUUGGCCACGCCCUUCGCGGACAUGUAACACCAUCAUUCGAUGGAGCCAAGAUCCGAUGCACCGAAACACCACUAACGAACGCCAUAAGAACAAUAUACGGUUGGGACGUCACAUGUGAUAUACCAUCCACUUCCGGGCGAUUUGAAAUCAGCUACAACGGCGCCCAGAACCAGCUUUGCGGUACCAGCUUCGAUCGUGUCACGCUACAGAGUUGUUCGUUCGUCGGCCGCCCGUGCAGUGCUUUCGGCUAAACACAAAAAUGAAAAAAAACAACAUCUCUUUAGACAAUAUUCAAAGGCCACAAAUAACAUUUAAGUGCAUAAUUGUGUAUUCUUGUAUUAUUAUCAAUUUUCGAAAACAAAUUCAACCAUUUUCGUAUGGAUUCAUACUUUUUCGUGACAUGUUGUAUUAUUUUUUUAUUAAGAAAACGAGUUUGAAAUGACAUUUCAAUUUGAUUUAGGACACGUUUUUACGCAUUUUAAUCGCAAUUGCUUUACAUUCUUUAUACAUGCAGUUUAUGCUCAUAUUUGUGAUGAUAAAGCUGAGACACUGUGAAAUCCGGUGAAAAUGAUCUUUGAAUCCCCAACAUGUUUAUUUGUAACUCCGUAAAAUAAACUAUACAUUUUGUAU